AUGAUACAUCUCGAUCGCGGCCAUUCCUCUGCUAUCGCCCAUCCAAAGUCCAAUUUGAUCCUCCCGGAUGCUGAUCAGCAUUCCCUCUCCUCUUGGUCAGCGCCCACCCGCAACACCCCUCUGCAGCUCUAUCAGGAACACCCAGAUCCUUACCCCUUGCCAGGUCUUGAAUCUCCAAGGCCGUCCGCCCCCCCUGACGCUCCCCCAGCUGACCCCCCCUCAAAACAACCCGCCGCCCGAGGCCCCAUCACUCCCGCCGACGCUGAGGACCCAAAGCUGCCUGAACCCUCCCCCGCCAGCCCUCCCCCGACCUCUCCAGCCGCAGACAGCUCCUCUUCGCUCUCCCCACCACCCGACACUGCCACCCCCAGCGCACCGCCCGAGCCCGAGGCCAAGGAUGGGCCCCCAGCGGAGCCCGCGCCACAAGGGUCGGAGAGGAACCCAGACGACAAGGGCGAGGCCGCCGAGGACGUCGAUAGGGCGUCGCGCCAGUCUACUCCCCUGAGCGAACUCUCGUCCGCGCCGGACGACGACGUGCAGGAGAGCGAGCCAAAAGGCGCAGAGGGAGGCGUUGGCCUGUCGGAUGACGCGUCGGCGUACCAUUCGACUGGCUCGAGACCUGGCACCAAGGAGAGUGGUCCAUUCGCGAACUCUAACAUCGGCACAUCGUCGUUCGGUUCCCACCAGCCGACUUUGAGUUCACCACGUCCUAGCCCUGCCGACGCUCGCUCGUCAGCGGAUACCCCAUCCUCGUUAGCCCACUUAUUCACCCACAAUGCUCCCAACCUCUUCACCAACGACUCAUCGAGGCAUUCAUCUCCCGCGUUUCCUGCGUCUGCCUCUAAAACUUCGGCUACUGCAAGUAAUCCCAAAGUCGUCGCCAUCUUAGAACUUAACAUGCAACUGUUCAGUGUGCUGACAGCAUUCCAAGCUCGUGGUAUCCCGACGGACAACCCACUCCAUCAAGAGUACUGUGCUCACUUACAGUCAAACCUCUCGUGGCUUGCUGCCGCUGCGGACGACAAUCCCAAAGCUAGCCAGGGCAUGUGGCCGCUACCAAAACUACAGCCUCCAACAGCCGUCGAUUUUGUCCCAAUGGAUCGAAUACAUCAGCUGUACCGAGAGUUAGCGUCGAUUUUCGCGAAAGACCUUGCUCGUCGAGAACAGCGUUCACAACCAGCCAGCGUGUUGCCUCCAACUGAUUUAUUGAACGGAAAAUUGAAACGAGAUCGACCCGACGAAUUAAUCUCGGUCCCGGACUUGUCUAACAAGCGCCGCGAUACUGGAGACACCAAGAUUCCAACGCCGAUUGCUCCUGCUCCUUCGCUAUCACACUCCGCGACCGGAUCGAUUACUCUCAAUCCGGUACCUAGUGCGGCUAGUUCCAAUGUUGGAAUGACGUCCAUGCAGGGAAUGCCGCCCACUCAGAUGGGUAGUCCUUCCAUGCCACCGCCUUCGUUGCCUAUUGGGGUGAUGGGCAGUACUGGUGAAGCUCAACUCAACGCAGCACGCCUCCGCCAGAUGCAGGCGCGAUCGGGAAUGCAUGCAGACCCUAACCGGCAGAUGUCCCCGCCAGCGGUGCCCCAAACGCCUAUUCUGGCUAUGCAGAAUGUAGCUGGUCCUUCGUCUUCCCCACUGGUACCGCAGCUAAGUCAGGGACAGCUCGCGGCAGUGACUAGUAUGGGACCCGCUGCAAUGCAACAUCUACAAACGCUGCAAAACCCGAGCCACCCUCUCGUGCAAUAUCUGAUCCAGCAAGUUCCUGGCUUCACGUCGCUGCCUCUUCCGCAACAGCUUCAGCAUGUCAGCAGGGCACAGGCGCUUCUACAGCAGCGUCAACGGGCGGCGCAACAGCAGGCUGGAGGUUCUACGCAGAACUUUAUGCAGCCUAAUAUGCAAUCCAUGUCAAAUACUGGGAUGUCCUCGGGCCAGAUCACCCAAAGCAGUCCCACCAGGGUAUCUCCAAUUGCGCAACAGCAGUCUCCUAUGCAAGGAUCUUCCGCCAACAGUUUCCCGUUUCCGAACCAUGGACCCAAUUCCGGUGCCGACUCCCGAGUACAGGGCGUCCCACAGGCUACGUUUAACCAGCUCACACCACAGCAGCGGCAACUUCUAUUAAUGCAACAACAGCAGAUGAUGCGUGGCGGGAACACGUCGAAUGCUAGCAUGAUGAAUCCACAGAUGCUCGCUGCAGCGCAAGAGCAGAUGCGUCGGGAGCAGCAGCUCAUGGCGCAGAUGAACAUGUCACAAAAUACCGGAUCGCCUAUACCCGGCGGUGUUGAUGGCAGUCAAUUUCCCGCUCUCCGUUCAAAUCCGCCAGUGCCUGGGAUUGCGAGAAGUACGAGGACGCCAUCGGACUCUGCGCCGUCACCGGGAGUGUCACAGCGGAUUUCUGGCCACUCACCUGACGACCUCCAGCGCGCGAUGAUGAUGCAGCAGGCUCAACAGCGCGGUAUAGCGCCUCAGAUGCAGCAGGGCUCUGGGUUCCCACAGAUGAACUGGUCGCAGGGAAACCAGUCGCAAAUGGCGCAGAUCGCCGCGCACCGGCAAGGGUCAUAUGGGAUGACUCCGCCAAACAGCGCAGGAGCGACGCAGGUCGGAUUCGGUGGGAUGCAAGGUGCGCCCUCGCCCGCUCAAGGAGGGGCCCAGAAUCAGUGGCAACAAAACACCGGCAACGGGCAGUUCCCCUUUGUCGCCCAGUCGCCAGUGGCAACCCAGCAUCUUUCUGAUCCCUCCAUGACUCCGCGGCAGGCGUCCGCGACUCCAGUCCAGCAGAUGGCGCAAAACAGCCCUGGGGGCGAUCCGAUGAAUGACUUUGAUCUCAUCAAUGCAGAUGCAGGAAGAGCGGCGGCGACGUCCGCUUUUAACGCAUUCAGCAAGACGAAUCCACAAGAAGCGGCGUCGACGAUCAAUGGCUUAAGGAAAGCGAUCCCUGCUGCGUCGCCUGGAUCAAAUACUUCUAAUGAAGAUGUAGCCAGCUCCGCCGGACGUGUUGCGGCUGCGGCUGCGGCGUUCCGUACAUCGAAUUCAGCUGCGCCGCGAGCACCUCCUCGCAGAGAUGGUAGCUCAGACGAUCACUUACCUACGCAGAGAAAAUUUGGCGAUGUAGAUGUUUCAUCUGGGAAGGCGAUGUUCUCGUCUCUGCGCAACUCUACUGCGAAUAAGGCUGCUACGCCCCCGCAAGUCGCCCCUCCCACGCCGUCUGCAUUCGGCGCGAAGAAGAAUGCGUUUGCGCCGCCGCCUUCCAGAACAUCGGCCGCGAACAAGACGCCUUCUCCGCCACCACCUCCAGCGCCCCCAGCGCGACCUCAACGUGAAGACGCAGUCGAAGGGGAGUGGGCGGAAGCAUUGUAUGAUUAUUCAAGCGACGACCCCGGCGAUCUGACUAUUCAAGAGGGCCAGAGGCUUGUGAUUGUAGAAAAGUCUUCAGACGAUUGGUGGACUGGCGAAGUCGAUGGCAGGAGGGGUCUUGUACCCGCCACCUAUGUCAAAAUGCUUUGA